CAGAAUUAUCAGUAUUUGUUUUAUUGUCGAGAUUUCGUCGCAUUGAUCGGUAGUUUUCAAGUAUGUCAAGUUUUCAACUUUGUCUAAUACAUCAUCGAUAACACUGGCCCGACAAUGGGAUAGAUUAAAUACCGGGCUGAAAUUGGAAGUAAAAUAUAGGAAUAAUACAACUGUGCUUUAAUGACUGCAUGGUCAGUUAAUUUUCAAGUUUAGUGAAUGGAUAUUUUCUACAUCGAGUCAAUAUACACGUCACAAAAGAAUGUGAAGAAACUAGCUUACUUCUUGAAUGUCAAGUCCGACGUCAAAGGCUCAUACUAGCAAAGAUGUGAGGCCAAGGCUAUAAACAAACAGGAAUUAAGCGAGAAAACGGAAGUGUUAACGCAAAGAAUAGUUUGUCACGUGUUGAAAAAAACAUUCAUCUUGCCAAAAGCAAACAAUAUUAUACCAAGUUAGCUACGGUACGUUACGUUUCAAAGUCAACCUGAGCUGUUUAAAUCUAGUGAAUGACGUGAUCACUUCAUUGGCCGAUAACACGUCAUAGAGUGACGUCAUCAUCGAAACGUCAUUAUGGGCGAACAGUGGGUGACGAUACAGGAGACGACGUUCCGGAACUGGUGUAACGAGCAGCUUCGCGUGAGCGGCCGGUCAAUAGGGAACCUGCUCACGGACCUGUGUGAUGGCGUAUGUCUGGUGGCUCUGGUCGAGGCGUUACAGCUUCGUAAAAUCGGGAAGGUAUACACAAAACCGACGUCGAAGAUCCAGCAGCUCCAGAACGCCUCUCUGGCGCUCAAGGCCAUUGCCGACGACAACGUCAAACUCGUCAACGUAGGCGGUGAUGACAUAGUAAAUGGGAACGUCAAAAUUAUCCUGGGUCUGGUCUGGUCCCUGGUCCAGCGGUACCAGAUCGCCGGCCGGAAGGGCAAGGCGCCGCCGCGGAAGCUGAUGACGCUUUGGUUUCGGGCGUUACUUCCGGAUCUUGACAUCACCAACUUUACAAGUGAUUGGAAUGAUGGAGUUGCAUUGCAUGCCCUCUUGGAUCACCUGAAGCCAGGGACAUCCCCAGACUGGAGAAAACUGAAUAGAUCAAAUAGAGAAGAGAAUUGUCGACGAGCCAUGGUUCUUGCCAAAGAGCACCUGAAUGUACCACGGGUUAUCUCCCCUGAAGAUUUCGCCAACUCUGCUCUGGACGAGUUAUCUGCCAUGACGUAUUUGUCCUACUUCGUGAAACACGAGAGCGCCGGAUACUAUCAUACACUGAACUGGGCGUGCAGGCAGCUCAGGACCACUAAUAUUACUAACCUCACGACUGACUGGAAUAAUGGGUACUUCCUAUGCGCGAUCGUGCAGUCCCUGGGCGGGGAAAUACCCGGAUGGCCGAACCUUGACCGCUCCGAGGCCGUGGAAAACUGCCAGAAAGGACUUGAUGGUGCAAAGGCGCUGGGUAUUGAGCCCCUGAUGUCGGCAAAGGAAAUGGCGGACCCUAACCUCGACCACCUCACACUCAUGGCAUACCUCUCAAGAUUUCAGACCAUACAGCCAAGAAAGUCCAAAGCAGAAAGAGUACAAAUUCGGUUCAACUUUGACAACAUCAAAGCUGGCACUAGGGCGGAGUUUCAGCUGAUCAAAGUUGAUGAGGGCGUGGUCACCGGCAAGGUCAAGGUCGAGCUAACCUGCGAAGCGGGUCCCGUGCCUUGUGACAUCACGUGGGCCACAAAGAUCGCCACGUGCUCAUUCUUGCCAACGGUGACUGGUGACCAUAAGUUGACGGUACAGUACGAAGAGACAAUGAUCCAGGGCUGUCCCAUCGAGUUCCUGGCAAAGGGUGACCCUUCCAAGAUCAAACUACUUACAACCCACACAAGUUUGCGCAUGGGAGAUGCGCACGAAAUCAAGGUUGAUACAUCAGGGAGUGGUCGAGGGGAGGUCAUCAUGGAAUCCACCUCGCCGACGGGAGAUUUACGGUAUUUGACCAGUGUAAGGGAAGGGACUCUUGUCACAGCCACGUGCCAGCCGAAGGAAGUCGGUGUCUGGAUUGUGCACGUGUAUUUUGGGGAGGAAGAGGUAGAGGGUAGCCCAUUGCAGCUGAAGGUUUACGACCCGCAGAAGGCCUGGCUCGCUGGACCGGAACAAGGCUUCGUGGGGGAUCUUGUCAUGUAUAAAGUGAACUGCAAAUCCGCCGGAGAAGGCGUAAUCAAAGCGGAAGUGACGUCAGACCACGUGGAUGUACCACAUGACAUAUCACGUGACUCCGCGGAAAAAGACGUACACGUGGUCAUGUUCACGCCCGAGGAACAGGGCUUGUUUGAAGUGAAGGCGUGGUUUAAUGACAUUGAAAUAAGAGGUUCCCCAUCUCGAGUCACUGUCGAGGACCCGAGCCAGAUCACAGUGUCAGGGGAGGGAAUUUUACGAGCAACUAGGGGCGACGACUCCUCUUUCUCCGUCAACGCUUCCGGUGUAGGUGGCAACAUCACUGUCAAGGUCAAAGACGCCGAGGGCCGUGACGUAGAAUGCACGUGGCGUCAGGAGAACCCGGAUGUUUACCUGUUUACGUACCGUCCCCUUACCGCGGGAAUAUACAGCGUUGACGUCAUGUGGAACGGAAAACCGCUUCCAGGGAGCCCGUUCCGGCCCCCAGUGACGGACCGGUCACGCGUGGUUCUGAUGGACGAUCUGACAGACCGGAAGGACGAAAACGAUCAUUUGGCGCUGGAUUGUGGCACCGAGACCGUGCUUAGCUUCAACACCAAGGACGCUGGACCGGGGAAGUUCUCAGCGGAGGUGCUUUCACCAGAUGGUCGACUCCCGGUGAACAUACGUGAACAAGAUCUGGGAACAGUGCAGGUCGGCUUCACCGCGAAAGUCGAAGGUGACCAUUACAUCCAUCUCUACUGGUCAUCGGUGCCACUUGACCGCUCCCCAAUCCUUGCCUACUGUCCUGGACCCGUACUUCCGGUAAACCACGCGCACGUGAUACUUAGAGGAGAGGGCUCGUCCACCGCGAGGUCCACGGUUCCGGCGGAGUUCAUGGUCGACGGGAAGAAGGCGGGGCCAGGUAUCCCCCGUGUCCGUAUGACGGGCGUACGGACGGACGUGGACGUUGAGAUGCGGGCGAUGAAGUAUGACCGUUACAAGUGUAAAUACGCCGCCCCAUACCCCGGCGGCUACUUACUUCAUGUCGAGUGGUCGGGUUUCCACAUUCCUGGGUCACCGUUCAAGGUCAAUGUGACGAACAAAGGUCACAGUGACAAGGUCACAGUAGAAGGAGCGGGGCUGAGAGGAGGUUACGUUGGACAAGAGCUGAGGGCUGUGGUCGACACCACAGCGGCCGGAAAUGGCGAGGUGGCAGUCGACUGCCAAGGCCUGCGUCACACGGCGCGCUGCGACCUGAUCGACCACCGGAACGGGAAAUACACACUGCGCAUGUUCCCCACGGAAGCAUGCAGGCACCGCCUAGAGGUUAAAUACGACACUGAACACGUGCCAGGAAGUCCGUUUAUGAUCCCGAUCGGCGAGCCGCCUGAUCCCCGUAAAGUUCGGGUCUACGGCCCCGGAGUACAGUCAGGGGUCAUCCAGACGUUUGAGAGCAAGUUUAUUGUGGAGACUUAUGGAGCCGGCGCCGGGCAACUGUCCGUCCGUGUGCGGGGACCCAGGAGCGCGUUCAAGGUGGAUAUGCGCCGUGACCGCGAGGAGGAACGUACGAUCGUGUGUCGCUACGACCCCGAGGAGCCCGGCGAAUACCACAUCAUGGUCCGCUGGUCGGGCGUCAACGUACCCGGAAGUCCUUUCGACAUUAACAUCUUCGAGACCAUGGAAUCGCUGUACAAGCAUGUUCGCGAGACGAAACAGGUGGAGCUAAUCGCUGACUAUCAGUGGAAGGAGGAAAUCUGAGCUUGCGCAAAGCGACAUACUUCCGCUUCCGGUGUUAUAAUGAAAAAUGGUGCUUAUGGCGUCGCCUAAUGACAAUCAUUUUCUGACCUAGUUAUCAGAAUGAGUUAUACUAAUCAGUUAAAAGAGAGAUAGUCUGUGAUGCCAAAACUGUUGAACAACCAUUUUAUUAUUGCUUUCAUACACAAAUAUGCCCCGGAUAUACCGUGUACAUGCGGAAGUGAACAUGCAGCAGACUUCACUGUUUAACAAACAAGUUAUGUUUUUAUUGUCAUUUAGCAAAUAUUUACAAUUGUGUGUAUGCAAAGUUUAUAAAGUAAGCAUUCCUAGACUGUGUUCAAUUACACUUAUGCUGUGAUUUGAACAAAAAAAGUGUUUGUGCCAAUGUUUAACAUCCGGUAUUAUACAAACAGAAACCGUAUUGAAUAUAGCCUUUAUUUGAACAUGCAUGUUCAUGUGUAUCCGUAAUAAAUAUUGCAUUUAAUGUUU